UGGCAGCUUACAUUGCAUCGUCAAAACUAUGUUAACACGUUUUUUAACCGUUCCCAGCCUUGAUUUGGAGCUGCGCAGUUUAUUAUAGUUACGUGUGAUAAUGUGUGACACAGCUUAGGUGCAACGAUGGAGGAGAAGAAAGUCGCCGACUACUUCAUCGUGGCGGGCGUGUCGGACAACGCCAUGCCGAUGGAGUAUUACUCGCACCUCGAGAACAUGGAAGCAAAACCGAACCAGUCGCCCAUCACCGACGUCUGCGUGAUCGUGAAGAGCGCUGGCGAGGCGGCACCACCCGGUUUUACGUGCAUCGAGCGGACACCGACAGGCCAUGCGGCGGACUUGAACCACGGAAGCAUACGCAGUCCACAGGUGUACCUCUGCUACAAGCGUGGGCGUGACAAGCCACCUCUUGUGGACAUAGGGGUGCUGUUCGAGGGUAAGGAACGGGUGAUGAAGGGCUGCGAGAUCGUUCACACGACGCCCGACGGCCAGUCUGCGAACGUGAACAACAGCGGCGCGUGCACGUUCAUCACGUUCCGCCGCGCCUCCGAGACGGCAUCCAGCAACGAACUCGCCGUCGCCGACGUCUGCAUCAUCCUCACGAAUAAGGGUGAAACGCCGCCGUACGCCUUCUGUCAAAUCCAAAAGAAUCUCAACAAGGGCAUGGUCGGAUCCGACGUCUAUUUGUGCUACCGCAAAUCCAUGAUGAAGGCGAAUUAUUUAUCAUACCAGCCAGAAAUUCUAAGCCGCUACCCGGCGGAGGACGACGAGAUGUUCCCGUUGCCGGACUCAGUUCCGUUGUUCAUGCAGCCGAUGGGAGCGUUCAUCGAGAGCUGGCCGGAGAAGGCUCGUGAACCGCUGCCGGUGUUCUCCACGUUUGUUCUCACCGUGUCGGCCGCCAUCCAGAAGGUAUUUAUUUCACACAUGGUCUGGCAAGUUCCCUUUCCGUCCCCAGAGAAACCGAGAAUCAUGAUACAGCUUGCAUCGGAAAACAUGUCUCGUCAUGCACUCUUUCUGUCUCAGCCCGUGGACACGCCAUUACCUCAGAGCGGCGCGUCGUUUGUCACGCUCCUCAAGAACCUUGGCCCAGACAACUGCAUGCUGCUGCUGCAGUUUGUGCUCAUGGAGCAGAAGAUACUGCUGCACUCGCUGCGGCCAUUCGUGCUGACCAGUGUGGCUGAGGCCGUGUCCACGAUGUUCUUCCCGUUCCACUGGCAGUGUCCGUACAUCCCGCUGUGCCCGCUCGGCCUCUCCGACGUUCUCACAGCCCCGCUGCCCUUCAUUGUCGGUGUUGACUCCCGCUUCUUUGACCUGUUUGACCCCCCACAGGAGGUCAUCUGUGUUGACCUGGACACGAACACAAUCUCACAGACAGAGGAACGCAAAUUGCUCAAGCCUCUGCCAAAGAAACUGGCAAGACAGCUGAAGCAGAGUCUAGAGGAGCUGUUUGAGCAGCUGCGGUUAGAAGUGAGCAAGAGCAAGCAGGAAAACAAAGCAGACGAAUUUGACAUUGAACUGGAAUUCAAACGGAAAAAGAAAGAGCAAGCGAUGGAGCGAGCCAUUCAGGAGGUGUUCCUGUGCUUCAUGGCACAGAUGCUCAAGUGUUAUCGCACAUAUCUGCUCCCCAUCACCGGCGCCCCCACGCUGGGAACCACCGACCCUGCCUCGUUGUUCGACCACCAAGGGUUCCAGAAGAGCCGCGACCGAGCGUACCACAAGUUCUACGUGCAGCUGAUGAAGACGCAGUGCUUCAUCCGCUUCAUCGAGGAGUGCAGCUUCGUCUCGAGCAACGACACGGGCAUCGCCUUCUUCGACGAGUGCAUGGAGAAGGUUGACCUCUACCUGGAGAAGCGAGACACGCGUCUGCUGGAGAUUGAUGAGUCACAGAUCAGCGAGCACACUGUGUUCAUCACUCCCCCGGACAACAAUGGUCUCCCACCGGAUGUCACCUACAGCUACACAUCGUUUCCGAGCAAGCUGAAUGAGGAACUGUUCCAUGAGCGGCCGCGGCUGCCGGUUAUCUCAGCGGUCAAGCAGAGCGGGGUCGUGCCGGGCAGCCCCGUCAUCCUGCGCACGAAGCAGGAGCUGAAGACCGCGCAGAAGGUCGCGAAGAAACACGCGGCGAAGCCAGAGUACUGGGCAAAGUGUGUGUUGAGCUACAUCUACAGUCUCUGGUUCAUCCAUCUGCCUGCCUACGUAAAGCACUCGCACUCCAAGCAUAAAGCUCUAAGACUCGCAUAUGAGGUGCUCGUCCGAAUGCAGAAUUCCAAGUUGAAGACAAUUGACGAGGUGUGCUACCGUGUCGUCAUGCAGCUGUGUGGACAGUACAACAUGCCAGUGUUGGCAGUUAAGGUACUCUUUGAGAUGAAGAAACAUGGAGUGUCCCCCAACGCCAUCACCUAUGGCUACUACAAUAAGGCACUGUUUGAGAGCAAGUGGCCAUCGUCCACCAGCAACGGCUACCUGAUGUGGAACAAGCUACGCAACGUCAUCAUGGCCGCCGCCAAAUUCCGACAGGGCCUGCGUAGCAACCGCCGCCUCUCCGGAUAUCUGGAGUCGGAUCAGACGAGCUACGCAAGCACGGACAGCAACCUGGAUGCAGGUGGCAGCACCGUCGGCGACCUCGUCAAGACGGACUCGCCGCUCGUCGAGGACCGGUCCAGUACAGGUAGGAAGACAUGUGGGUCCACUGAUGCUGGCUACAGCUCACUAGUCAUGGACGAAACGCGUAAGUCCGAUAACAGUAUUAACUGCGGCACAGAGGCGGAGACUGGCGGCAGCAAUGCCGCUCCAGCGAAUCGAGAACCUAGUCCGACGAAGAGACUGGCCACGGAGAAACCGGAUUUAACGAGGUGAAUAGUUGCCAAUCAGAA